AUGGACUCGCUCGUGCUCGCUCCCCUCGACAACAUAGAAACCCACCUCACCGCGCUCAUAACCACCCUCACCCAAACCAACACCUUCUCCAACGCGCCCCAGCUCGCAAAGGAUCUCAUCACCGAUGAUGACCACCUCACGUCCGCGCUCGCCCUCCUCCAAAGACACCAGCAAAACUACGCCCGGAUCCUCAAUCUCCGCGAAGAAGUCACGUCCUUGCAGGAACAGCUGAAAGACACGGUGAGGAGAUGUGUCGCGUUCAAGACAGAGAUUGGCGCGAUCAAUCCGGCCAUUCUUGAAGAGGACUCUGAGGAUGAAACUGAGCAUGGCCACGGGGGAUCCGUCUCGGAGGUGGACUAUCACACGCUUUUGACGUUCGCGGCGCGGAUCGGCAAACACAACACCAUCGCAGCCAAAGAGGCAGAGACAGAAGCUGUGCGGAGAAAGAUGGCCGCCAAAAAUGCGAACGGUGGCCAGACCUCGACUGACCCUCUCGCGACGCAAGACACGGUAAUAGCCGCGACGGCGCCGGACGGCGAACCUGGCAAUGAGAAGACCAACACGGUAGAAACCACAGCUGAGCUGUCUCGCAUCGAUAAUGCUAUCGCCAUUGACCGCGCCCGCAUGGGCAUGGCCUUCCCCGACGGUCCGUCCCUGCGGAUGGGUGCACUGGGUCAACUCCAGCUUUUCAGGGAACGACAGGAGCAACAAGUGUCAGGCGGCGUCGGCAAUGAGGACGAAACUGCCAAGCUGGUUCAGGAAGCGGUGGAACGCGAGGUAGCUAGGAUUGUGAGGGAAACAGAGGAUAUCGCGCCUGAGCAGAAGGUGGAAGAAGAGGCCACUGUGUUCCCAGAGAGUCCUAUUCUGGGCAGACGGGAGGACCCAGCGACGGCGGCCACGAGACAACCCUCGACCAGCCAAGGGCAAGCUCAAAGACCACCCAACCCGCCGCAGCCAAAGAGGAAACUUGACCUCGACUUUCCUGAUAGCGAUGACGAAGACGAUGAUUGA